AUGAAGGCCGGCGUGGGAUUCUUCUCUGCAUUGACUCUGUUCCUCCUGAUGGGGGCAGUGUUCACACAGAGAGAUCGGCCAAAGAAGCCCACUAGGCGCCCAGGCACCACCAAGAGGCCUUUUUUCCCCCGACCUUCUGGACCAGCACAACCAGAGCCAAAGGAGCCCACAGACUUCCCACCAGUCAUCCUGGGUCCCCCCUCCAUGUUUCCUGACUGCCCAAAGGAGUGUUUAUGUUCCCCAAGUUAUCCAAAUUCUCUCAACUGUGAGAACCGGAACAUCCGUACGAUCCCGGUCAUCCCAUUAAGAACCCACUACCUGUACCUACAGAACAACUAUAUCUCAGAGGUGACAGCAGAGCCCUUCCUAAAUGCCACCGAGGUCCGCUGGGUCAACCUUGCAAAUAAUCGAAUCCAUCGAAUUGACAAACAGGUCAGACUAAAAUUCAUUAUUUGAAAUGACAAGAUCCUUUUUUCUCCCCUUUUCCUGUUUAGACAUGAACACUGUAUUUUAGUCUGAAUUGGAGUCCAAUUCUGAUUUUACUCUACAAAUGUUGCUUCUACAAACAAUCUCUCGCGCAGGUGUUUGAGAAGGUCCCAGCACUGCUCUACCUCUAUGCGCAGCGUAACCAGCUGAAAGAGGUGCCUGCGGGUCUCCCAACGAGUCUUGAACAGCUCCGCCUUGGUAAGAACCGUAUUUCAAAGAUCCCCUCUGGCGCCUUCAGCAAGAUGGGGAACCUGACUCUGCUUGACCUCUACCACAACCAGGUGAACCUCUCUUUCAAAGUAUCAGCGGUGCAACUAAUCACAGAACUCAGUGGUACAAACUACUGAUUUUUCUCACAUGCAACAUCCAGACAAUACUUAAAAAGUUAAUUCAGACAUAGAGGGAGAGAAAAGUCAAAGUAGAAAAAAAAGUAACCAUAAACAGGAAAUGUUGUUGAACCACAGUACUGUUUACAUAUUAGUGGCAACAUCUUCCUGUGUGUUUCUGUGACAAACAGUGGAGUUUGUUGACUUGUCUUUCAGUUGAGUGACAAUGACCUGGGACAGAACACAUUUAAGGACUUAAAGAGUCUUAUGCAGCUCAAUCUGGCUCACAACGCCCUGAAAAAGAUGCCUGCAGGUGUACCUCAUGGUCUCAUACAGCUUUUCCUAGACAAGAACAAUAUUGAUGAUGUCCCGAAGUAAGUACACAGAAAACACUCACAGCCGUACAUGCAUUUGUUUCUAAAAAGUUGGAUGUUUCAUAGCUUUAUAUUUAGUUAUUUUAUAAUUUUGUAUCUUCUCUGCUGUCUUCUUGUUAGAGACUACUUUAAGGCCUUCACUCACCUUGCAUUUGUGAGGCUGAACCGGAACCAGCUGAGCGAUAAAGGACUUCCCAAGAAUGUGUUUAACGUAACCACCCUGCUGGACCUGCAGCUGUCCCACAACCAGCUCGCUUCUGUUCCUCAUUUCAGCAGUCACCUGGAGCACCUGCAUCUCGACCACAACAGCAUUGAGAGUAAGAAACCAAAAUGGUCCUUAAAGAUUAGAAUAUAAGAAUAUUAGAAGAACAACAUUACACAGAAAAACAGGAUUUAAUCAUGAGACUUCUUUCUUAAAAUAGGGCGACACUGACUUAUGAUUCUGCAGUUCUGGGCAUUUGUGCCCCUGACUGCCACAGUAUGGCAAACAGACUUAUGUUAGCUGCAACCUGGUGGUGAUUUCAAGAGUACUAACAAAAAUCAGAGCUUCAGAGAGUAUCAAGCAGAACUCUUUCAGGUCAGCAAGUGCCCAACCCACCAAGAAAUAACUUUGCUCUGCCGUUUUGUUCGGCACUUAAACGUGGAUAACGUGGAAAUGCUUGGAUGACCGUCUGCUGCCCCUCAGUGGCCAAAGCGGCUUUGGUGCUACCUUUGACAUAAAUUUUUAUUAAAUUCUGGAUACAAAGUUUUUUGUUGACCUCUAAAAGUGAAGCUUAUUUUUGGCUGAACCCUAUAGAUAAAUCAGACCAUAAUCAGACAUUAAAUACUGACCAAAAAAUAACCACUCUAAAAGGAAAUUAAUGUCUUCUGACAAACUCGUUAAGUAAUGAGCAAGUUUACCUAGUUUAUUUCAGAGUCCUUUUCUUAUUUAACCCAAAUCACUCUUCAUCAGUGUUAGAGAUGUCUCUCAAAUACAUGAACCUCAAGAGAAUUACUAUCCAGCUCUGCAGCUUUUAUUCCACAUUUGGUUUCAUCAUGACCCAAAUAAUAUCUCAGGAAUGACUCUAAACUAAAACAAAGACGCUCCCUGGAAAAAGUUUCUGAGGACACACUGGCCAUGAUGGUACAUCAGGUAUGAUUUAGCAAGCUGAAACGUUUUUUCUGCCCCCUAGUGCUCAAAGAGUGACUGAACUUCAGGCUUUUUAAAUUGUUGAAUCAUUUUUUUUUCUUUUUUAACUUUAGCUGAGUGAAUAUUGUCAGAUAGUAAUGACUAUUAUUUGCUAAAAGGUUUUUGUACAACAACAAUAACUUUGAACCUAAGCCAGAAAAAUCUUUCAUUAUGAGCUGUGGUACUGUUGUAUACUGUUUAGACGGGCUGUUUAAUUAGGAAUGAGGACAACCUAAAUCAUUAUAAUUCAACAGACUCCUCCAUGUUCUGACAAAGUUUUAUCUCACAUGCUAAUGAAUCACUUUCUAAAAAUAAUUUCACACAGUCUUGUCUAGUUUUAAUUUUCUAUUUUUAACCCCGCAAACAGUUUUUCAUGACUGUAUGUCACUCAGAUCAAAGCUGAACUAGUUUUUCCAGAUACUGCAGGGCAUUCUCUUAAGUACACUGUAAAUUACCUUUCAAUGUGAGGUGUUUCCAGGGUACGUAGGUGUCAUUCACUUCUCUUUGUCCAGUCUACAAUUAUCCUCAUGUGUACACACCUUUGUAACACCUCUGUACUGGCUUUAUAGAUUUUCUACAAAUUAAAUCCAAGUUUAAUAUAAUUAUGAUGAAGAUGUGGAAAAUACUUUUGUUCAAUUAGCGGGUUUCCUGCUUGUUUACAAGAAAACGACAUAAGAAGGAAAUACAAUCAUGACUGUGUACUUCCUCAACAGGCAUCAACGGCACCCAGAUCUGCCCAUACAGUAUUGACGCAGUCAUGAGUGAUCACAACCUGGUGCCCAGUCUACGGUAAAUCAAACAAUGUUAAUUAUUGCCUCUAAACAAUUAAAACAGGCACAGACGCUAUUCAGCAAGAAGUGUACGAGAAUUAAAUAACAACAGCAGGGGUUAAUUAACUGGGUUAAUUAAAAAAAAAACCUGUUUUAUUGCCCCAGGUACCUGCGUUUGGACGGAAAUCACCUGAGCCCACCCAUCCCGCUUGAUGUCAUCAUGUGUUUCAGACACCUUCACUCUAUCGUCAUUUAG